CCAGCUGUCAACAGCAUUGUCAGGAUAAUCGACAAUUUCUUGCAAUAGGAAAGUAAUCUAACUACAAGAUACUAAAAAAGUGAUUGAAAAAAGCCAUAUUUGUUCUGUAUAAGAAUUAACAAUAUGACUGAAUUACUUAUCGAUCCAAAUAUACGAGUAUGGGUUUUUCUUCCCAUCGUGCUCAUAACGUUUUUUGUCGGCGUUAUUCGACACUACGUCUCUGUUUUAAUAUCGUCCCAGAAGAAAGCUGAAAUCACACAAAUUCAAGAUAGUCAAGCAAUGAUUCGGGCUCGUCUUUUACGUGAAAAUGGUAAAUAUCUUACACCGCAUUCGUUUGCUAUGCGGAAGAAUUUUUUUAAUCACGAAGAAACUGGCUAUUUCAAAACACAAAAACGGGCACCUGUAGCUCAAAACUCAACUGCUAUGUUAACAGACAUGGUGAAAGGAAACUUUAUCAAUGUUCUACCAAUGGUAAUAAUCGGUGGCUGGAUUAAUUGGAUGUUUUCAGGUUUCGUAACCACAAAAGUGCCUUUUCCAUUAACCCUGCGGUUUAAACCUAUGUUGCAACGUGGUGUGGAACUUGCUUCCCUAGAUGCUGCUUGGGUAUCGUCAGCUUCGUGGUAUUUCUUAAAUGUCUUCGGUCUUCGAUCUAUUUAUACACUAGUACUUGGCGAAAAUAAUCAAGCAGAUCAAACGCAAGCACAAGCAGAUGCAAUGACUGGUGCAGCAAUGACAAUGCCUCAAGAUCCCAAAGCAGCUUUUAAAGCUGAAUGGGAAGCUUUGGAGAUUACCGAAUAUCAUAGUGCGUUGAAAAAUGUGGAAAAGGAUAUGUUACAUCAUGCGUUCGGAAGCGAUGUAUCAAUUGAGAAUAGUAUUCGUCAGUAACAACUUUGAUGAUAAUAUUUUAACAAAGAUUAGGAUUGGUGUUUAAUUUAUGUCUGUGGUGACUACCAACAUUUAAAUUUAGAAAAAUUUCGUAAAGCGAAUAAAUCGGUUUUAUUAGACCAAAUAUUAACUAUAUAAAAUAAAA